CAAAAAGCACGAAGGCUUACUAAGGUUUAUUUUCGCUGUUUUUCUAACAUACAGUGGCAGAUACUUGGCGUUUUCGCGUGAUUUUAUAUAAUUUGUUGACGCGCCAGUCUUGUGAAGAGUCCAGGCUGAUAGUGGCUCUUCUUUACUCACGGCUGUCGCAAAGGUGAUUUUCAGCAAGCCGGCUAGCGGGAGCCUAAAGAGAAAUUGAACAUUUCUUUAUAGUACGCGUGAUGUGAUAGCACUUAAUAUGGAUGACAUUACUGAAGAAUAUACUAAAGAAUCGAUGUUGUGGGAGAGUGACAAUAAUUACACAUUUAAAGCACAUUGUAAAGUCCCUGCACAGGAUUCUUUAUCUACUCAUGGCUUUCAGUUUACUCCUGUGCAACAAAAACAUUUGGAGAAAGCAGUUAUGUACUCUCUGCAUAAGCCAAAAUUGUAUCCAGAUAUUUCAAGAACUGAGAAUUGCCUAGCCUCGGUGGACAAUGCAAAAUGCAGGCAAGCAUCUGAAAUCGUGAAAGAAAAACAUAGGAGCAAUGGCCACUCUACUCUAGUUCCAUCAUCCUUUAUGUUCUCUCCAAAACACAGAGUAACUCGGAAUAGUCCUCUUGAAACCAGAAAAACGAGUUUGCCAUUAAAUACAGGGAUUGGAAGUCAAAAUAAUUCUCAAGCCUCUGCAUUUGGAAAGUCCUUCCCUAUAAAAAGUGCUACGAGUUCAUCAUGGAGUAGCUCUAGUCGACGGGGAAUUUUAAGUCCUAAAAAAAUGCAAAAACGAUUUUAUAGUACAGUGGAAGAAACUGUAAGAGAAGAAGAGAGAGAAAUAUAUAGACAGUUGCUUCAAGUGGUCACUGGAAAAUCUUUUUUGACACCAAAAUCAACAUCUGUACUCUCUCCACAAAUGUCUCGUUGCUUGAAUUCUAGUAGUAGUAUUUCUGGUCAGCCGAUUCCUUCAAGUUUGAGUUCUCUAGAACCAAGCAGUGUGGAUACAGAGCCUCCACAUCAACCAUCAGACAUGUUUUUGCAAUUAUCAGAUCAGUUUUCAAAACCACUUUUUAAUAGUACCAAUGAUUUCAAUCUAACAUGUGAAAACCGAGGCACAAGCAACCACCAGCUCUUUAAAGAAAAAUCUAUUCCUCAAAAACAAGCUCAAGAGUCCAUAAUUAUAGUUGAUUAUGUCCCAAAAGUUCAAGAACCCCCCAGCCAACCUUUCUUCCAUGCGGAACUUUGGAUUAAGGAACUUACUAGUCUUUAUGAUUCAAGAUCUCGAGAAAGAAGGCGGCAAAUAGAAGAACAAAAGGCCCUUACGUUACAGCUUCAAAACCAGAGAUUGCAGAAAAGGUCUGUACAAGAUUCUGUAGAUUUACAUCUGAGAGUGCCACUUGAAAAAGAAAUUCCGGUGACAUUAGCUCCAAAACCAGAACCUGUACCCGAGCCUGAAGAAAUAGAGUUUCAAGAACUAACGGAGGAAAUGGAGAGAGAGAUAAAGCGUGCACUUUUUGGCGGCAACCAAGAUCAAGUUAUAAGUGAUGGAUUUCGGUUAACAAUUACUCGUAAAGAUAUUAUGACCCUCAAUAGUCUGAAUUGGCUUAAUGAUGAGGUCAUUAAUUUCUACAUGAAUCUUCUUAUGGAACGAAGUAAAAGAAAAGGCUUUCCAAAAGUUCAUGCAUUUAACACCUUUUUUUUCACAAAGUUAAAAACUGCUGGAUAUCAAGCGGUGAAGCGAUGGACAAAGAAAGUGGACCUAUUCUGUAUGAAUAUUUUAUUAGUCCCUAUUCAUCUGGGUGUUCAUUGGUGCUUAGCAGUGAUUGAUUUUAGGAAAAAGACCAUUACCUACUACGACUCCAUGGGUGGAAUGAACAAUGAAGCAUGUAGAAUAUUACUACAAUAUCUGAAGCAAGAAAGCAUGGAUAAAAAAGGGAUACCUUUUGAUGCCAACGGUUGGAUUUUGAGUUGCAAAAAGAGUCAGGAAAUUCCACAACAAAUGAACGGAAGUGAUUGUGGAAUGUUUGCCUGCAAGUAUGCAGAUUACAUCACCAAAGACAAAACAAUCACCUUUACCCAGCGUCACAUGCCAUAUUUUCGAAAAAGAAUGGUCUGGGAAAUAUUGCAUCAGAAACUACUAUGACAUUUUUUCAUUUUUUUUUUGUAUAUAACAUGAAUAUGGACCAAGAAAUAUUUUUUCAUCUUUUUGAUUACUUGUUUACAACUGUAAAUUUUGUACCUUUUUGUGCAGCUAUACUCCAGGUUUUUAACUUUAUUGCCAAAUGAUACAGACUGGAUUGUUUAGAAAAUCAGAUAUCAGAAUAUGUUAUGAACUGUUUAUUUUUAUUUUUCUUAGAAAGCCACAUACUUUCUAAUGAGAGAAUCUUUCAAACUUAGCUUUAUUUUACUAAAACUUUUAUAUCUGAGCAGUAAUUACAGUUAUCAUUUGUCACCAGAAUCAAAUGCCUUACAGUUACAUUUUAAUAUAAAUAAAGGCGUUACGUUACCUUUUCAGCAUGUUUUGGUUACUGAGCACUCACUUUUUUGUAUUUUUGCAUAAAAAUGUUUAUAUUUUAACAUUGUAAAUACCUAGUUUAUACUACUUUAUAAAAUUUAAAACGUAUACUAUUAAAGUAUUUUAGAAAAUCUUACAAAACAUAAUCCAAAAACUUUUUUUUUCUAUGUCUCUUACAUUUUGUUUUUGUAAACUACUUAUGCACAUGAGUAACCGGAUUGUGUUACUCUAUACCAUUAUAAUAUAUAUAUAUAUAUAUAUAUAUAUAUAUAUAUAUAUAUAUACACACACACACACACGGCUCAAAAUUUCAAGUUGUAAGCUACUAGCCAUACCAACAUUUUACUCGCCACUUCUGAUCCUACCGACUGCCUGCCCACAUCAGACACCACAACCACUACUCCACCCCCUCUUUGCAUAUGUUUAGCCAUUGUGAAACACAUUAUUGUGCAGACAUGGAGAUUUUCUUUUAUUAAUUAUAAUCUCUCCCUUAACUAUCUUUUCCCCCUCCCUCUUCUUUUCAAUCUCUUUUUUAACCCUCUACCUUAUCUCUCAACAUUCACUCACUAACUUUCACUCGCCACAAUUAAAUUUCCACUCGCCAAUGGCUAGUAAAGAGUGGAAAUUUUGAGCCCUGAUAUAUAUAUAUAUAUAUAUAUAUAUAUAUAUAUAUGUAUUUAAUUAUGUAAUACUUAGCUUUUAGCCUACCUCAUUUCUGUUGCAUGGUUAUCUCUGCUGGAAAGCUGACUGAACACAUCAGAAAAGACUUGAGGGCAUUAAGGGGGCUUUUAUUUAAAAAAAAUUAUUUAUGCUCCUAUAUCUAUCUCUAUAUAUUUAUGCUGGUGGAAGUGUGCCAACCAAAACAGGUAGACUGCUCUUCAUUUUUGAACAACACAUGUAAACUCAGACUCGCACUUUCUUUUUCCAUAUCAAUUUAAAUAGCUUUAUUUUAACAAAUAUUAAAAAAGCACUAUGUAAACAUGCAUUUUUUGUUUUUUUUGCGUUUUAGCUAUAAAGAUUUUUUUUUUCUUUAUCCCUUUAACUGCAGUAAAUUAUUAAUAGAAGCAUAGGCUGGUAAAUGUAAAUGUAUUCUAGAAGGCUAUAUAACAUAUUGGGUACAAAUUUUAUUUGUACACAAAAUCUGGUCAGUUGCCGUUUUGAAAAGUUUUUUUUUUUUUUUAUGAAAACAGCUGCGAUUGUCUAAAGAAUUUAUUUUUAUUUUGUAUUGUAAUAUAACUUAUGUAAUUGGUAUUUACUUCACUAUUUUGUAUAUUAAUAAAUAUAAUAAAAUAUU